AUCAUUCCAAUGGCUCUCGUCGACCAUGGACGAUGAUUUUGUUUCGGUUUUUCCAUUCGCAUCACGGGAAUAUCGCUCCAGCAUCGACGCAGUCCAUGAGCACAAGGGGGUUUUCGCUUCUUUUGACUGUUGAAGGAUAUUUUUGCAUGUCGAGAGACUGAAGAGACACGGAGAACACGUUCAAUGCCGUUGGAACAUGUCAUAUGUUCCCUUUCAAGAUGCGAGGUAUGCUGUCCCCCCCUCCUUCCGACACCAGCCCUCCUUUGCUGCUGCUCCCUCCUACGAGCAACCCGACUGGAAUCCUCGUCUGUGUGUGAUCAGUGGAAAUCAGCUCUACAUGUUGGACCAGGAGGAGGUUCACCCUUUGUUGAUACGCGAGCGGCGCUCGGAGUCGCAGAGGAACAAGCUGCUGCGACGGACAGUCAGUGUGCCUGUGGAGGGGAGGCACCAUCCUGAAAUGGACCAAGCUCGGCUCCGGCGGAAGAGCAUCGCCACCGGGAAGCAGCCAAGCAUGGAGAUCCCACCCCCUGCCCCCCCACAACCCUUCCGACAAUCCAGUUUUCUCAGUAGAAGACUGAAGGGGUCCAUUAAGCGGGCCAAGAGUCAGCCCAAACUGGACCGAACCAGCAGCUUCCGCCACAUGAUCCUCCCUCGUUUCCGCAGCGCCGACCAGGACCGGACUCGUCUGAUGCAGAGCUUCAAAGAAUCACACUCCCAUGAGUCUUUGCUGUCUCCCAGCAGCGCAGCCGAGGCCUUGGAUCUGACACUUGAUGAAGAUGCGGUCAUCAAGCCUGUUCACUCCAGUAUACUCGGACAGGAGUACUGUUUUGAGGUGAUAACUUCUUCAGGAACGAAGUGUUUUGCCUGUCGGUCGGCUGCGGAGCGAGACAAAUGGAUAGAGAAUCUGCAGAGAGCUGUCAAACCAAACAAAGACAACAGUCGACGCGUCGACAACGUUCUGAAGCUGUGGAUCAUCGAGGCCCGUGAACUCCCACCCAAAAAGCGCUAUUAUUGUGAACUGUGCUUGGAUGACAUGCUAUACGCCCGCACCACCAGCAAACCCCGAACCGAUACUGUCUUCUGGGGUGAGCACUUUGAGUUCAACAACCUGCCAGCUGUCCGCAACCUCCGCCUUCAUCUUUACAAAGAGACAGACAAGAAAAGACGCAAGGAGAAGAGCACAUAUCUGGGCUUGAUCAGCAUUCCCAUUUCCAGCAUCACUGGUCGUCAGUUUGUGGAGCAAUGGUACCCCGUCAUUCAGCCCAGUGUCCUGGCCAAGGGUGGUGGUGUUGGAGGGGGCAAAAUCAUCAACGCCUCCCUGCGGCUCAAGUCGCGCUUUCAGACCAUGAGCAUCCUGCCGAUGGAGCUGUAUAAAGAGUUCGCAGAGUAUGUGACCAACAACUACCGUACGCUGUGCGCCGUUCUGGAGCCGCUGCUGAGUGUCAAGAGCAAAGAGGAAGUGGCCUGUGCUCUGGUGCACAUCCUGCAGAGCACAGGGAAGGCCAAGGAUUUUCUUUCAGACAUGGCGAUGUGUGAGGUGGACCGUUUUAUCGAUCGAGAGCACCUGAUCUUCAGAGAGAACACCCUGGCCACCAAAGCCAUAGAAGAGUACCUCAAACUCAUCGGACACAAGUACCUCAAAGACGUUUUAGGUGAUUUUAUCCGAGCGCUGUAUGAGUCAGAGGAGAACUGUGAAGUCGACCCAAUGAGGACUCCACCUUCUGUGCUGCCCGAACAUCAAGCCAACCUCCGGAUGUGCUGUGAGCUCGCACUCUGCAAAAUUGUCAACUCUCAUUGUGUGUUUUCAAGAGAACUAAAAGAGGUGUUUGCGUCCUGGCGUGUUCGAUGUGCUGAGAGGGGAAGAGAAGACAUUGCAGAUCGACUGAUCAGUGGUUCCCUCUUCCUGCGCUUCCUGUGUCCAGCCGUCAUGUCGCCAUCCUUAUUCAACCUCACACAGGAGUACCCCGAUGAGCAGACUUCACGCACACUCACCCUCAUAGCCAAAGUUGUGCAGAACCUUGCAAACUUCUCAAAGUUUGGCAGUAAGGAGGAGUACAUGUGCUUUAUGAAUGAGUUUUUAGAGAUGGAGUGGGGCUCCAUGCAGCAGUUCCUGUACGAGAUCUCCAAUCUCGACAGCGUGAGCAACGCAGCUGCUUUUGAGGGCUACAUCGACUUGGGAAGGGAGCUCUCGAUCCUGCACAGUCUUCUGUGGGAAGUCAUGGCACAGCUAAGCAAGUCUGUUGUUACCGUGCCAAAGGAUGCUAUCAUCAAACUCGGACCAUUGCCCCGCCUUCUGAAUGACAUCAGCAUGGCCCUUCGUAACCCUCACCUCCAGCGACAGCCCAGUCAUCAGACGGACAGACCGCCUCCAGAGAGACAGACGGAAAGACUGCUCUCCAGGCCCAGCUUCAACAGGGGCAUCUCGUCUGAGUUCCAGAACAUCAUGAUGAGAGACCGCAACAGUUCAGUCGAGAUCACUCGCCUGCCCUCUCCAACCUCUGCCAUGUCCAGUGGCGGCGCCCCUCCGUCCCGGGCCGGAUUGGGGGGGUUUGCGGACCGCGAUCAUCCUAACCGAGCCUCAUCUAAAGACGUUUUCUAUGUUGCCCGUCCCCCGUUGGCCCGCUCUAGUCCAGCGUACUGUACUAGCAGUUCUGAUAUUACUGAUCCAGACCCAAAGGACUCAAGAAUGAACAGCGUCUCUAACCUGCAGUCUAUGGGGGACAUGCUCAACUCUUCCCAGGCCUCGAUUGCCGGCCUCGGCAGCUACGGUGGGCUCGCGGGCUUGGGAGGAGGCCUCGGAGGCCAGCUGCGUGCCGGAGGGCGUAUGUCGGCCGGAUCCGGGGGUUCCAACAUGUCCGGGGGUCUGAGGUUGAGCCAGCUGAGCCAGAUGGGAACCACCACCGACUCGCUGUCCCAGCAGCAACAGCAGCAAGCCGCCGCGCUCCGCUACCCCCUCUCCUUCCAGAACCCUCUGUUCCACCUGGCUGCUGACGGGCCUCAUCUUCACCACCAACACAGUCGAGCUCAACCUCCUCCUCCUCUCCUGCUGGCCCCAGAGCCAGACGCCUCUCACCCAACUUACAUACCGCAGUUCGCCCAUGGCGGUUUCUCCCGAAGCGAGGACCUCUCCAUCCUCAGACCCGGCCCUCAUCUGGGUCAGCCGAGCAUCAUUCACUCCCACAGCUACAGCGACGACUACAGCCGCCAUAACCAGAGCGAAUACGGGCGACGCCAGCUCUCCAUGCACAUGCAGGAGCAGCAGCAGAUGGCAGGCAUGGCAUCGCAGACGGGCACAUCUCAUUCAUCGCUCGCCACGCCACCUUCCACCGUUCAGCCUGCCCGCCAAAGCUCCAUGGCUCCUCCCACGCAGCGCAUGAAAUCUCAACCCUCGCAUCAGCUUUCCGUGAGUUCUGCCGCCGCCGCCGCUCCUGCGGGCAAAACCAGGCCACAGAGUGGAAACCUGCUCCAGUCCCCAGAGUCUGGCUUCGGGGGCCGGCAACAGGGUCCUCGGCAGCAGCUGUCCGUCAAAGACAGCACCCCGCCUGGCCUGCCGCAUCAGCAGAGCUCCACCAGAGAGAGCCAGGGAUCCCAGGGCUCUCAGGGCGGAACGCCGCAGUCCACACAGCAAUCCAAAUCGCAUCAGGAACGGCAGCAGAUCCAGCAACAGCAUCUGCUCAAGCCUACCAUGAGCAAACAGGGCUCUUCCCAAUCUCCAUCCACUCUCAACCCUUCGACCCCUGCCUCUGAGCGAACGGUCGCCUGGGUGUCCAACAUGCCCCAUCUUUCUGCUGACAUAGAGAGCUCCCGCAUCGACAGAGAAGAAUACAAACUCAAGGAGUAUUCAAAGAGCAUGGACGAGUCGCGUCUGGACAGGGUGCGUGAAUACGAGGAGGAGAUCAACUCUCUGAAGGAGCGUCUGAUGAUGUCACACCGCAAGCUGGAGGAGUACGAGAGGAGGAUGUUAACUCAGGAGCAGCAGACCAAUAAAAUCCUGCUGCAGUAUCAGAGCCGACUGGAGAACAGCGAGAGGAGACUGAGACAGCAGCAGAUGGAGAAAGACAACCAAAUUAAAGGAAUUAUUGACAGACUCAUGGCUGUGGAAGACGAGCUGAGGGUAGGGGUGGUGCCUGAGCACAAACCCAGGAUAUUCGCAGACCAGGGGAGGCGGCAGUCCAUCCUAGUGCAGCCCCGCCUUGCGCCCGUCCCACUGCGAAUGCACAGGAAUAGCAGCUUUCCGCCUUGGAUUCAGCAGACCCCGGUGUGAGUUUUGGAGGGGAAUUGACCAGCUCUCCUGGCGUUGUGGGAGUCUCCCAAUCGGACAAAUCCUCCACCCGAUCCCCCCUGAACGGAAUCUUGUCCUUCCCGUUAGCCUCCCCUCCUCAUUCCCAUCCUCACGCACAACUCCAGCCGAACGGAGAGUUCUCCGGCAACCAAAAAUCAGCAAUGGCAUCGAGGGCAAGUUUGGAGGGGGAGCAGGUCAAUAACAACGCUGACCGAAUCCAAGAGAAUUUUUAGGAAUUCCGAAGAAAAAUUCACAUCCUUUGUCAUCCUUUGAAGCUUCAGCGGUUGUUUUAUUUUGUGCAUUAGACUGAGGACAAGUGGGAGGUGGAACACACCAUUACUUGCACCAUCCAAAACAAAAGGGCUCUACAUUGGAUCCGAUAUGUUAUUCCAAAAUCACGUUUACUUUGGAUCAAAUUUAAAAGCCCCUUGCACAUACAGUACCUCUGCCACCACAGGUCAUCCAAACCACUCGAAAGUGCUUGGUUCAGGUUCCAGGUUUUUUGACUGAGUUCCCUCAUAAUGUGUAAAAAAUUCCAAGAAGCUGGGAAUGACCCCAGGACCGGUGGGCAAACAAACUAUACGUACGUUUCGAAGUGUAUAGAGAUCGAAAAAACGCCAGCUUUGUCUUGAGGAUUUUGUCAUGUCAUUUGGCUUCCCUAGUGCCUUUCUGUAUCUCCUGACAGGGUUUUCAAACGAACGCAAGAAUAACGACAGCAGAAUUACAGAAAUGGUUGUGCAAACGCCGCUCUCUUCUCGAGACUGCUCACUUAGAAGAGAUUGAUGUGUUCUUCUGCCUCAAUGUAAUGCUGAAAAUGUCAAGCUUUGGAAUACGACCAUGGCUCUGGUUUUUUUGUGGACAAUGUCUGGAAAGUGCUUGUGGUCUUUGAAUUGCCUCACUAGACUGAACUUGUGCAAUGUUCUCUCUUCUCAAUCUCAGAACCUGUGUGUAUUUAACUGGUGCUAUGGAUUCUCAAAGCAUUGCUCUGUGUCACAUCACCGCCUCCCAUUCUGUCAUCGUCCUGACUGUUCAUAUGUGUCUUCGUCCUCCCAUUAUCUCCUUACGGGCCGAUUUUGACUUUCUUUCAGUGUGUGUCUGCAACAGGAGAUGAGCGCGAGGUGAUCUCUGUCAGGUCAAAAACCUUUUGUCUUUUUACUAAAACAAGAUGCUAGGCCAGAAUGCAGUUGUGGUCGUAUGGUGUUUUUUAUACAGAAACUUUUUUGUGUGUUUUUGUCUAAAAAGACAGUUUAAAGUCAACAUGAAAGCAACCAAUUUUCCCUCCAUAAUGUGACUUUUUGGAGUAAAAUGGGAAGAACUUUUUUUUAUUUGAACUUUUAGGAAUUCAUUGGAUUUAAAAAAAAAAAUUGGUGUUACUAGAAUGGAGUCUGGUGGCUAAAAAACAAAAGCGAGUUGCUUCAAAGGUGGUGCAACUUGUAUUUUGUUAAAAGAUUAUGAAAACAACACUGUUUUUAUAUAGAAUAGCAUGCACCAAAUAAUCAUCAAUAAGACGACUAAGAAUGUACAUUGAAAAAGUAGACAAUGACUCGCACCAAAUAAUCAGUACAUUUACAUUUAUGCGUUUGGCAGAUGCUUUUAUGCAAAGCAACUUUUAUUGCAUUCAAGGUUUACAUUUUAUCAGUUCACACAGGGGGAGUCGAACCCAUGACCUACUCUUUAAGCUAUGCUACAAAAUUGUGAAUAAUAAGUUAACAAGUAAACAUGGUCCAUUUUGUUUUCAUGUUGACUUUAAAGUUGCUCAAGCAUCUCUAAAGUAGUUUUUGGUAGCGAUGAAUGGUCAUUUUAGGAAAGAUCUUGUUAGAUAACAGACUUGGUUUGUAAAAUAAUCAGAUCUUAUGUACUGUACAUAAAUAUUGCUAGCUAUAAUUCCUCAUUUGAGUAUCACUGCCAUCUGGUAAUGAUUGCAUUCCUCAUCGCUCACUACAAGUUGUUUUAUUGUUUGUUUUACGAUUAAUCAUUUCAUUGUCAUGUUUCUACAGACUCAAGACAUUCACAUGGCUUCGCUGAUACAAGUCAUUCAUUUGUAACCCAGUUCAUUGUUGAUUGCCUUGUUGUUGCAUUGUAAACCAAUACAAGUUGUAACAACUUCACCAAUACAGCAGGCCUAGAUGAGAGUGAGGUGAUUUAAGUCGUAACUGCACAAUAAAAACACUGAGCUGUACUGUAAUAUUUAUAGAUUGGGAAGGCACUAGAGAGGAGAAUGGACUGAUUGCCAUUUUAGCUUUUAAGAGCUUCGAGGGCUAUCUUUAAGUGACUUCUACUCCAUUUAGUAAUAAUAAACAGGCAAUUUUGUUUAUGUCCCAAUAGCGGUUGAGAAAAAGUGGGAUAACAGGGUUAUCAGCUGAAAAAUGUGCCAUGACAUGAAUAUACCUCAGACGUAGAAUCGAAUGACUCAGGUAAACUUUCAAUUGCCUCACAGUUUAACGCAAACUGGAUAGAAAAAAAAACUCAUUUUAAGUUAAACUGCCUGUUUUGGUAGUUAGUCCAUUUCUUCUCUGAGAUUAGUAGCAGUGAUUGGUCAGCGGCUCAUCAAGCACCUCCUCUUUUCCCUGCAUCUCCAGCCAAUCACAAAGCUUCGUGGAGGACAAUCUGCAACCUAAUUGGAGGCCUCACCUUGGACAUUCUUCAGGUUGGCCAGGUUU